AUGGAAAAAGAAACUGAAUUAGUAACUUCGCUAUUGGACUUUUUACAUGAAGAUCAUCCAAAUGUACGUCAAGUUGCGCUUGAAAAUUUAUUGAGGUAUACAGAUAGUACCUCCAAGCUUCAACACUUAUUCAAACGUGAAAAUAUGAAACCAAUAAGAGAUUUAAUAACUCUUUGUAAUGAUGAAACAGUCACCGCUCAUAAUGCUUAUAAAGCUCUCGUUAACCUUACCGCCGACGAAGAGAUUCGUAGGAUUUUCAAUAAUGAGAACUUUUUAAAAUAUUUAACAAGGACGAUAACGAAUCGAGAUUCAGUCCUCGCCGACAUGGCAUGUAUGCUUCUAUCAAAUAUUACAAAGGAUGAAACCGUUGCUGCAAAACUUUUGUCUUUAAAGGUUCGACCGAUAAAAGAUUUGUCCAACUCAUCACAAACGAUUGGCCAAUUGACUGAUGUUUUUGUCCGAGGUUUCGAAAAGAAAUAUAACAAGGAAGCAGAAUUUCAUUUUUUGGCUAGCGUAUUCGCGAAUGUGACGAUGUUACCUCAAGGUCGGGACUUUUUUUUGAGCAAUGCAUCAUCAUCCGAAAAUGUAACGCCAUUAUCAAAGCUGAUAGUUUUCACUGAACAUCCAAACAUAAUUCGAAGAGGUGGCGUCGUGUCUUGUAUAAAAAAUUGUUGUUUUGCAACGGAACGUCACCUUGAUAUGUUGUCAGAGGAUAAGAUAAAUGUGCUGCCAUAUAUCCUUUUGCCUUUAUGCGGACCCGAAGAAUUCGAUACGGAUGAUAUGGAAGGAAUGCCUGAUGAUAUUCAACUCUUGUCUUCUGAUAAGAAACGCGAACUUGAUUCGUAUCUUAAACGAACUUUGUUAGAAUCCCUCCUACUCUUAACAACAACUAGGCAAGGACGUGAUAUACUUCGACAGAAAAAAGUGUAUCCAGUAAUUCGACAAAUGCAUCUUGUAGAAAAAGAUGAAAAAGUUGGAGAUAAAUUCAAUAAUUGA